CGAGCGAGGCCAGGCAGGCUAUGUCUGAGUGAGAACCGGUAGACUUUCGGCUGACAGGCGCCAGCAAGAGACGCGACGGGGGGCCAAAGUCAGCUUUGCCGGCGGUGGCGAGAGCUGCGCAUGCAAGAAGCGGCUACGUCUUGUAAGGAGGCUCAAGAUGACGAGCUGCUUGCACUCGAGGCGAUCCAUGAGCAUGGGGUGUCUGUCAGUAGACGCCAUGAUGGCCCGACCGAGGUAACGCUGUCGAUCGAGAUCCAGUUCGACGAGCCUAUAGAUAUCAAUCUCAAGGGCAAAGGCAAGGCCCAGGAUGUCGUCGUCAGGCUACAAUUCCUUUCUCCGCUUACUCUGGUCAUCGUCUUGCCGGCUGCUUAUCCUGACCAAUGCGCACCUAUCAUCAGCAACAUCGAUUCGCCUUGGUCACUCGGGCGCGAUCAAAGUGUAUGGCACGACAAGCUGAAGCACGACCUGAACGAGCUGUGGCAAGGCGAUGUCUGCCUUGAUCUGUUCAUGGACUACACCAGAGACCUCGUCAUGCAACCAAGCCAGCUUGAAGUAUGGGCAGACGAUCUCAACGAGCUGCACGCAAUCCUGGCGGCUCAUGACGCCAAGCGGCGCGCAGCUGUCUUCUCCGGCACAUCGUUCGCUUGCGGUAUAUGUCUCGAAGACAGGAAAGGCAAAGGCUGCGUUCAGUUGACAGGCUGCAGCCAUGUCUUUUGCUUUGAAUGCCUAGCCGGUUACUUCAGAGCGCUCAUCGCACAAGGCAUUGUCAGGACAGUGCAUUGUCCUGAUCCUGCCUGCGUCAGAGACCGUGCGAAAGCUCAGGCAGCCCGGCCAUCGCUCGAUGCUAUCCUGGCAGGCGCUGCAUUGCCCGCCGAAGCAGACUUGCCGGGCGAUCUCACGAGAUCAGAGCUCGUUCAGCUCGUGGGCGACUCGCUUCACGAACGAUAUGUCUGGUUGGUCAAGAAGCAGCAAUCGGAGAGCGAUCCCUCGACGACGUAUUGUCCUAUCGAAUCUUGUCAGGCAGCCGUGCCUGCAGACCCCAAUCAGCUUGAGAUCUACGAAAAGCUGCGCAUCUGUCCAACCUGCCAAUUCUCCUUUUGCGUCUUUUGCAGGAGGACGUGGCAUGGCACAAGUCAGACCUGCCUCAUGUCAAAGUCCAAUGCUAUCGUCCAGCAGUACCUGGACGGAGACGAUGCAGUUAAGGCGAGGCUCGAGCUCCAGUAUGGCGCCAGAAAUAUGCAGAGAUUGGUCAAGCUUCACGAAGAACAGCGUGCCAAUCAGGAGUAUCUCGACGCCACGACGACGGCCUGUCCAGAAUGCUCGAUACCUAUCGAAAAGAGCGAGGGAUGCUCGCACAUGCUGUGCAAUCGAUGUCGCACUCACUUUUGCUUCCGUUGUGGCUCAAAGCUGAGCGCCAGCGAUCCCUAUUUGCACUUCCAGAUGCCGGGGCCUUGCUUCCACAAGCUCUUUGACUUUCAGCCCAGCGCUGCGGAGGAAGAGGCCAUGGCCGCACAGUGGAUGAUCGACGAGAUGUAGUGCGAUGCAGUCCCGCCGUAGAUUUCAG